UAAUUCUUCAUCUGCACCUAGUGCUCAAAUUUGAGCUACUCCCAGUUAGCCGCUGUAGUCAUAGAGCUUCUGUGAGGGGGCGGAGCUUGUGAAGCGGAAAUGACGCAAAAGAGAAGCGACCGAAUGUUUGCGGUACCACGUGGGAAGUGGCUGGUUGUCGAGGCGGAGGAAACAGCUGCAUUGUGUGGCGUCUUGUCAGCGCGGCCCUGUCGCACGGUUGCUGGGCACAGUUUCUCGAAUCGUGAGCACACAGAUCGAAACACGUCGUUUUCCGUGUUGGGUCCUCUUCUAGAUCAUGCCCCACGACCCCGAUCCUCCUCCGGCGAAGAAGUUUAAGCCGGGGUCUCCGUUUUUCCGUCUGCACGCCAAGCCCGGGAUGCUUCUCCCCAGGAAGGGAAACGCUCCUCCGGCGCCCCUGGACGUCCAGCGGAAGCAUCUGCCCAUAUACCAGGCGAAAGCGCAGCUCGUGAGCCAGCUGAGGCAGCUCAGCAACGUUGUCCUCAUCGGGGAGACCGGCUCUGGGAAGACCACCCAGAUCCCCCAGUACCUGUACGAAGCGGGCAUCGGGCGCCAGGGCGUGAUUGCGGUUACCCAACCCCGCCGGGUGGCUGCGAUCUCCCUGGCGGGAAGGGUGGCCGAGGAAAAGAAAACACAGCUGGGAAAACUGGUGGGGUACACGGUCCGGUUCGAGGACGUCACCUCCCCGGAGACUAAGAUAAAGUUCAUGACGGAUGGUAUGCUGCUGCGCGAGGCCAUCGGGGACCCAUUGCUGCUGCGCUACACCGUGGUGGUGCUGGAUGAGGCCCACGAGCGCACGGUCCACACUGACGUGCUCUUUGGGGUGGUGAAAGCAGCGCAGCGCAAGCGCAGGGAGCAGAGCAAAUUCCCAUUGAAGGUGAUCGUGAUGUCGGCAACGAUGGACGUGGAUCUCUUCUCCCAGUACUUCAACAAGGCCCCUGUCCUGUACCUGGAGGGUCGCCAGCACCCCAUACAGAUUUUUAACACCAAGCAGCCGCAGUCAGACUACCUUCAGGCAGCCUUAGUGUCCAUCUUCCAGAUCCAUCAGGAGGCGCCUCCUUCCCAGGACAUCUUGGUCUUUCUCACUGGCCAGGAAGAGAUUGAGGCGCUGGCCCGCACCUGCCGAGACAUUGCAAAACACCUACCGGACACCUGCUGCCCCAUGACGGUGAUGCCCCUGUACGCGUCGCUGCCGCCCGUCCAGCAGCUGCGUGUCUUCCAGCCCACGCCCAAGGGCUCCAGGAAAGUUAUCCUGUCCACCAACAUUGCAGAAACAUCAAUAACCAUAUCUGGCAUAAAGUUUGUGAUUGACACAGGAAUGGUGAAAGCAAAGAAAUACAACCCAGACAGUGGUCUAGAGGUCCUGGCUGUCCAGAGAGUGUCCAAGGCCCAGGCAUGGCAGCGCACCGGAAGAGCAGGUCGAGAAGACAGUGGCAUGUGUUACCGCCUCUACACAGAGGACGAGUUUGAGAGCUUUGCCAACAUGACUGUGCCAGAGAUCCAGAGGUGUAAUCUGGCCAGUGUGAUGCUACAGCUAUUGGCUCUGCGCAUUCCCGACAUCUUGAGCUUUGACUUCAUGUCUAAGCCGUCUCCAGAGGCGAUCAGUGCAGCCAUUGAGCAGCUGGAUUUACUGGGAGCUGUGGACCGUAAGGCAGAUCAGAUCACACUCACCCCUUUCGGGAAGAAAAUGGCCAGUUUUCCCCUGGAGCCAAGGUAUGCCAAGACCAUCCUCCUGUCGCCGGACUUCUCCUGCACCGAGGAAGUGCUGACCAUCGUGUCCCUCCUGUCUGUGGACAGUGUGCUGUACAACCCCCCCGCCCGUCGGGAGGAGGUCCAAGCUGUUCGCAGAAAGUUCAUAUCCAGUGAGGGUGAUCACAUGACCCUCCUGAACAUCUACCGGGGCUUCAAAAAUGCAGAUGGGAGUAAGGAAUGGUGUCGAGAGAAUUUUGUCAACAGCAGGAACAUGACCCUGGUCACCGAGGUGCGAGGUCAGCUUCGAGAGAUCUGUGUCAAGCUGGGAAUGACGUUGGCGUCGUCGCGCACUGACAUGGCCAACGUACGCCGCUGCCUCGCCCACAGCCUCUUCAUCAAUGCCGCCGAGCUGCAGCCCGACGGCACCUAUAUAGCACUGGACACACAUCAGCCUGUGGCCAUCCAUCCCUCCUCCGUACUCUUCCAGUCCAAGCCAGCCUACGUGGUCUUCAACGAGCUGCUGCACACCUCCAAGUGCUACAUGCGGGACCUCUGUCUGGUGGAUGCCGACUGGCUCCAUGAGGCUGCGCCCGAGUAUUUCCGCCGGAAACUGCGGACCAAGAGUUAGCCCCCCCUACCUUCCUGCAGUUGGUGCUGAAUCCAGGAAUCUCUCUGUCCCACCACUUGAACACCUCUAAACCAGGACGCAUGACAGCAACGACGGCCUUUUCUCUGCACCUCUACCACUGAGUUACUCUUAAAUUGAUACUUACCUGCAACCGGGUUCUCAUCCCCAGGCCAAUACUCUUCAGCAACGCUAGUGUGCACAAGACAUAUGGCAUGUUGUUGGUGCUUUAAUUAUAUAUAUUUUUUAAUAGAUUUGUCAAGAUCAAAACUGAUGGACGUUUUUCAAGCUUCAGAGCCGAGUUAUUGUAGACUGCAGGGCCUGUUUGUGUCUCCAUGGGAACAGAGAUUUUUUUUCCUUGAUCCCAGAUGUGGUCAUUACUUCAGGAGAUACUCUGCAGAUUUUCUACUGGAAGAUGGACUAGAAUGCUUUUAAACAGCUGUUUUUGAUGUGACUUCUGGGAAACACAUUUGGUUUCCAACCUCUUUGAUUCCAGGAAGCUGAAGCAGUGCGUGUUUGUUAGGACUGUUAGGAAUAUUCAAGCCAGUGUAGUGUUCUUAUGUUAAAGCUGGGAUGUUGGCAAAUUCUUUGUUGUUCUUCAGCCUUCAACAGUACCAAAAAUUUAAUUCAGAUGUCUUAAUCUAGUUUAUCCGUUUGAACCAACUUACUGCUACUGUUUUCUUUUGUUCCUUCUACCUAAAUUAAACUGAGAAGAGAUGCCGUUGACUGACAGCAUUACUCUACAAACCCAGCAGUUUAAUGAAAGUUUACUUUUGGUUAAAAACUGCAAAAGCUCUUAAGAUCUUUGCAUCCUAAUCAGAUUGGAAGUAUGUUGCACCCCUGUGAAUAAUUAGAUAGCAAACCAAUUUUGUCACACAAAUCCUGUAAGCACAGGGCCUGUGGUCGUGUCUGUAGCCGUGGGAAAUGUAGCUCUGCGUACGCGGGGAUUUAUUGUGUAAAUUUCAGCACUUGGAGAUUUCGCAUCACACCGAAUGCCACAUGCAUGUUUGUGCUACACCUUCAUGGAUGAUAUCGAGUUCUAGGAAAGGUGUGUUAGUACAUACAGUUUUGAACUUCAACAUGCCUUGAUAUUCAAGCAGUUUAAUAAUAGUUUAACUUAGUAAUGUGCCUGUAGAAACAUAGAUAUCCUAUGCAUGGAAUGUUUUUCAAAGAAAACCCUCAGGUUUUAUUACACAGCAAGUGAUGGUAAGAGACUGGUGGAUUAUACUGUACAUAUGCGGUCAUUUAUGCACUGGCACUAAAUUUAAGAUAGGACUUAAUUGUUAUACAGAGGGCAUUAUCUAAAGUUUUAUAUUGAGUGUUUAAUCAAAGCAAGCCCCAUUAAGAGGAAAAUCUUUUUUUUUUUUUGUGCCAGUGACAAGCUACUCCAAAAUGUCUUAUUUUUUUAAGUGAAUUUUCAGGUAUUUUUAACUCAUUACAAAUUGGAUUAAAAAAAAUUUGGUCCCAAAAUGAUAUUUCAUAUUGAAAAGAGAAUUCUUUUAAUGUAAAGUGUUCAGUUUGUUGUCUCAAUCUCAGGAUUUUGUUGGGACUGCUCAUAUGGAGUUGAUUGUACCUGUGUUUACACCAUGCAUAUGAAGAGUAUGUUAAAUAUGUUUGACUAAGUUCUAAAUUUAAAUAUUCCUUGACAACUAAUCAGUUAUGUAAUAAAAAAAAAAAAAAACUUCCCUACAGAAUAUAGAGAUAUAAACCUUUGAUCUUGCCAGCCAUAAUGCAGGAUGGGGUCUCAGUGAGGCUGUUGGGGCUGUGCCCUUUGUGUGUAGCUACUUGGUAAAGCAUAUAUCUGAAAUAAGCUUGGUAUGUCUUUGGGUAAUGGAUAUAAAAAGAAUGUGGUGUAUUUUGCGUGUUGCAGGGCAGUUGUACGACCAAUGAAUGGAAGACUUUGUAUAAGUAAUGUACAGUAUUUUUAAUAAAAUAU